UGAAUUAAUGGUCGAUGCAACUAUAUCUGUCUGGAAUGGAACUAAUACAGUAUAUAUAGAAAGGUUUCUCAUCCAUGAUGAUUAAAAAGCUUUGCUUUUUUUUGUUUUCAACUUCAUCCCAUCAUCCCUCAAGUCCCGGCCGGGCGUGUGAUCUGAUUUAAACCAGGUGGUCUCGAUCGAUGUGAAAUGAGUACAAGACAUGUAAGAUGUUUACAACCCUAUAUAUUUAUCAGUGUUCGUAUGUGAUUGACCAUAUAUAUUUCAUAAUAAUGAGUGGGAGAGUCUAGGUGAGAGUAAAUGACUUUUAACCACUAAUGCAUGUGUAACUCACAUGGUUGAGAGUCGACCUCUACAUUAAGCUCCAAAUUGAGUUCAUAUCAUAUGCAUUUGAAUGAUUACUAUUGACAAUAUUUCUUAUAAUUUAUUUAGUGCAUAUAAUUGACCUAUUUAUCUUAUAUAAUAAUGAGUUGAGAAUCCAUGCGCAUGCGCAAGUGGACUUCUAGUUGUUAAUGCAUGUGUAACAUACAUGAUUGGUUGUCAUAAACCUUAAAUCUUGAACCGUGAGAAUAUUUCUGUAUAUUAGACUAUUAGUCGAUCUCUAGUGAUUUAAACUGUUAUUAGCAUGUACUAAUCAAGCAUGACAUAAAUCGUUUUCAGUUUCUCUUAGUGGAAACCAAGCUAGCAAACCCUAUCCUAUAUACUGAUCAUAUAUAUUGUAUGAUUAGACAAAUCAUUUCAAAUGCGUGCCAAAGAUCUGUUCAUAGCACCAAUCUGAUAUACUUAUCCUCACUAUCCUGCAGUUUGUUUACAGACACAGACACAGACACAGACACAGACACACACACACAUAUAUAUGUUACAUCAUAACUAGAAAGUUCUACGAAUCAAAAACCCUAGACAAAAUUAUUUAAUGGAACCUAAUGAUGAAUUAGUUACCCGUGUUAUAAAUUAUAUUAAACUUUUUUUUUUUGGAAACAAUUAUAUUAAACUUUUACAAGUUACUUUGUGAUCAUAUAUAGGACCAAACUAAGUAGAUUCAGUGGAGUCCCAAUAAAUUUUUUGGAGAGAUUUAAAGAAACACUUAUGGUACUGUUCAUUUUUAACGUUAAAGAUAUUUUUAGCCUAAAAAGUCACUCAUAAUAUUAUUUACUUACAUCUUUAAUUUAUCUUUUUGAUUAAAACUAAAUUUUUUAAAGACUUCGUUAGUUUUCCUAAAUUUUUACACAAUAAAGUGGGUUAUUCUUUUGGAGGUAGAUUUUCUGCCCUCCUGUGCUCUUCUGUUUUGUGUGGUCACGGUUAAGCCACGUCAACAUUUUAUAUUAUUUUUUAUAAAGAUAAUAAGACAAAAAUAAAUAGUAAUAUAAAAUGUUGACGUAUCUUAAGCGUGACCAUACAAACAAGAAAGCAUAGGAGGACACCGGAUGUGGGGCGGUAGAGAAUCUGCCUCCUAUUCUUUUAAACCCGUAUGAGAAAAGUGACCAUUGAUUUGACCAUCCCUAAAACGACACCCCGAUAUUGGAACACUUUAUUUAAUCUAAUUUGCUUGUUUUUAAUUUUAUAAAGGAGGACCUCAAACCAAUGAAGCUCCUCACUUUACGAGGAUCGAAAAAAAUGUUUAUUGUAAGUAAUCUUACUUUUAUGUUGCAAAAAAAUUGUUCCCACGGCUUGAACCCGUGGUUUUUUUAUUACAAAAAAACAAUAUUUAUGUUGCGCCAAGACUCAUCCUCUUUUUUUAAUUGUUAUGUCUAAUGAAAAUUCUCCCAUUUCUGUAUAUAAUAUAUAUAUAUAUAAUUAACUUUAGGUGCCAUAUAAACCUAGUUAGUUAAGCCCUUGGGAUUAAUCACAUCGAAAUUCAUAUUAGGGUUUCGGAUUCAGGGCCAGACAUUGGUUUUGUCAAAUCCACUUGUAUGCGAGGAAUGAGAUCUUGCUUACUACAAUGUAAGCAUUUACAGAAGAGUCCAAUUAGAGUAAUAGUCAGUACAUGUCGUUUUAAGAAUCAUAAUCUUUGGAUUUGGAUCCUCGCCGGAUUCAUUUUCUGGAAAUCUUAAGGAUCAACGAACAUGAACUGUUGAUAAAAAAUUGUAGGGUCCUAAUUAAAUGCUUUCUAUAUUUUUAGAAGUAAAACAACAUCGUUUUACAUGAAAAAUAUAAAAACAGAAAAAAUUAUGACAAUACGAUUUUUUAUCAACAAUCCGUGUUUGUUGAUCCCUAACAUCCCCAGGAAGGGGAUCUGGUGAGGAUCCAAAUCCAUAAACUUUCUGCAACUGCAAUGUCAUGCAAGAACAUUUUCAACUUGAGGUUGAAAUCUGAAGUGGUACGUACUUACCUUACAGUACUGCUACUACUCAUGCAUAAAACCACCGAUCAUGUUUUGUCUUGUUUUUCGUUUUGACACGACCUAUUCUAAUCUAUAAGAGCAUCAAACUCGGGUAUAACUGGAGUGUUCACACUACUCUGUUUCACUGGUCUAACUAGUCUUUGCAACUCUUAACGUGCUAUUGUUUAUUGUUUUUGUUCAUGAAUUUUGUAAGCCAUAUUCUUUAUGGAGCUAGUGAUGCAGUGCAUGGGGAACAUAUAUAUUUAAGGUUGUAGUGACUUCUCAUCUCUCAAAAUCUUUGUCACCUUCUCUUUUAAUUGAGUUGCCUAGUAACUAUCCUACUAUUAAAUAUUUACCCUACCAAUGCUUUGUAAUCUCCCUAUUUAAAGGGAUCCUUAUUUAAAGGGAUCCUUAUGUACUCAAAAGGAAGCCAAUUGAGUAAAUUAAAAGUAAUCUAAGAAGAGAGUUUUCUCCUUUUUUAAAUCAAGUGUGAGGCUUGGUCGUGUGAGUGAAUCCAUGAUUAACGACAUGAGUGAUACCGUUGAUUUUGGUCAAGUGAUUUCAGGUUCUAUCCACGUAAAGACGUGAGUGAUUUCAUCCCUCCUGGUUGAGCUAUUCACAGGUUAUCAUCCAGCGUCUCCUCUAGACUCCUUUAGCUUGUCUUCCCUGCAUCAAGUGGUAAUCAAAUCAAAUCAAUAAAUAAUCAAACUUUUGCGGAGGGAAUAUAUUACAAGACCACUUCUUUUAAUUUCCUUUUUCUCUUCCCCAAAAAUAUAUAGUUGACUACUUCUAAUUCCUAGUACAUAGCCAAUUGACCAAAUUGCCAAUUUCCCCCGUAUAUAAACAAUGAAAACCUCCCCUUUCAUACACGAGGUGUAAAGGAGUUGCUUCAACUUUUUGAGAAAUUUUUUGUUUGCUCAGAACUUUGAUUACUAGUGACAUCCAUUCUCUCUCUAUCUCGCUAGUUAUAUCAAAAGGGCAAAUACGCGUGUGCCGUGCCGUCUGCCAACUUCUCUCUCUAGCUUCUUUGGUUCGUUGCGUCUCAUAGACCAAUUUAAAAGUAUUUGAUCAUCACCAACAUGAUGCCAACGUGCAAAAUAAUACAAACAUUACAUGUUCCAUUCUAGUGGCCAUAAUCAUAGAAUGGAUGUGUUCAAUCCCCGCCGGCAGAAGGAGAAGGUGGUGAUCGUAAUGGGGGCAACGGGGACCGGAAAAUCAAGGCUCUCCAUCGACCUAGCCACCUGUUUCCCGGCAGAAAUCAUAAACUCCGACAAAAUGCAAGUCUACGAAGGCCUUGAUAUAGUCACCAACAAAAUAACCAAAGAAGAGCAACGUGGUGUACCGCACCAUUUGCUAGGGAUACUAGAUCCUAAUGAAGAUUUUACAGCCAGGGAUUUUUGUGACCUAACCUCACUUGCCAUUGAAUCUGUUUUAGGCCGUGAUCGGCUUCCAAUCAUCGUCGGAGGCUCCAACUCCUACAUCGAGGCGUUAGUCGAUGACCAUGACUAUAAAUUUCGGUCUAAGUACGAAUGUUGCUUUUUAUGGGUGGAUGUUUCUGUACCCGUUAUGCACUCGUUUGUGUCAGGACGGGUUGACCACAUGGUUCAAAAUGGAAUGGUGGAUGAGGCGAGAGAGUUCUUUGAUCCCAAUGCAGAUUACAUGAAAGGGAUUCGAAGGGCAAUUGGGGUCCCUGAAUUCGAUAAGUACUUCAGGUAUGGGCCACUUUUGGAUGAAGAAACUCGUGCCAGGUUACUACAACAAGCAGUGGACAAAAUUAAGGACAAUACGUGCAAAUUGGCAUGCCGACAAUUGGAGAAGAUUCAUGGACUUAGAAAUAACAAAGGGUGGAAUCUGCACCCGUUGGAUGCCACCGAGGUGUUCCGAAAGCGCGGCAAGGACGCUGACGAGGCCUGGGAAAAGCUUGUGUCGGGGCCAGGUGCUAUGAUCGUUGGCCAGUUUCUUUACAAUAUGACAGCUGAGGUUCCUCCACAUAUUGGAAGUCUUAGGGUUCCUGCAGCACUUGCAGCUGCAACUCACUAGAGGCUUAGACAUUAUAAUUUUCUUAUGCAAUAACUUUUGGUUAAUCUAAUUUCAUCAUUGUAAAAUAAAGAAAAUAAUAUUGUCUGUGUCAUGGACAUUUCUUAAGCAUUAAUUUAUUGUAUCGUAUCAUUUCCAUUGGAAAAUAUUAAUAUUUAGGUUUA